AUGAGUAUCGAAAACCAGGAAUACUCAGUUGAUCAAGAGAUUAUCUCUUUCUUUCAAAAGACUUCCACCGACCGCUCGUCCUGUGAUGAUCGAGCCCGGACACUUGUCGGAGGCACUGUGACCCCCGUUGCAGUGCAAGGCGUUUGCAGCUAUUCUGUAUACGCAGGUCUAGAGUAUGUGGUUCAGUUCCGACUAAGGUCUCUUGGGCUGAAGACAGAAAUUACAAAUAUUGCCCGCAAUGUAUAUGGAUCCCUAGUGCCCUCCGUCUCUUAUCACAACCUAUCCUUUUGUAAAAACCUCUAUCAAAGAUAUGACGAAGACCUACGGCGGCUCUUAGCUGCUCUACCUGAUCGCUUCCACCCAAUCAUCCAACAAUCGAUUGACGCUCUACCUGCCAUAUUUUCGCUGCCUAUGGUCCUUCUUCACAAGGAUUUUGGUAUGUGUAAUAUCAUGGUUGAUGCCGACAAUAACCAUCUGGUCGGAAUCAUCGACUGGGCCGAAGCGGAGAUUGGUCCAUUCGGAACGAACCUCCAUUCUCUCCAGCAGUUCAUGAGCAAAUAUCGCCUUGGUGUCGGCUGGAUUCGAUAUGGUAACUAUGACACUUUGAACAACAACUUUUGGAAUAUCCUUUCCGCAGACGCUGGGGGUCUCGACGAGGAGACGAUGCGAACGAUAAAAUCUGCAAUGAUUGUGGGCCUUUUGCUUUCCCAUGGAUUCACGAGCCGCCUUGCCAAUAUGCCGAAGCCUGAGCCUAUCCGCGACGACGAAAGCGGAGCUUACAGAAUGCUUGGUUUGGAUGGUUUACUUAUCGUUCCUGCUACGAAGAUUGUGAAUUAG